CCAACAACAAAAACAUAGAAUCAUAAAUACCCCAUAACAAUGUCACCAGAAAGCACAUCAAUAUCUGUCAGAUAUGGCUUCAGGUAUGGCUUAAGCUUGAAGACUGUAAACUGGGCAUGGAAAGUGUAUUUAGCUUACAGGGGAAGAAGGCAUGAAAAAUGAAAUAUUUAGUAGGAAUUGAUUUGCUGAUAGGGUAAAAAAAAUUAUUUGUGAUGUUUCAUGUAUUCUUCCUGAGCAUUCAGGUCUGGCAUGGCAAUAAGGACUGGGCUUCACCACUCACCAUCAGGUAGAAAGGAAGGGAUAAGUGGUGGAUGCAGAGCUUUCCUGCAUCAUCUGACUUGCUGUGGGCCAGCAGAGCAGUGACACACUUUGGAGAGGAAAGAAGAUGACAACUAAUUAUAAUCUGCAAGCCAGGAGGAGCAGACAGACUUUACACCUCCCUGGCUGGAGUAAAGCAGAUGAAGGGAGCAAAGCUUCCCAACAACUGGAGCAGGGCUUUGGCCAGAGGGAUUUGGGGUGUCAGGAGCCGCUGCUGUGAAGUCCCUGCCAUGGGACGAGCUGUGUCCCCACAGCGUUAUGGGGUGGCGGAGUCCCUGCCCUGCUGGGAGCGGUACGGUGUGAGCUGACCCGGCGCAGAAUGAGGCUUUCGAAGGAACUGAUGGAAAACUUCACUAAAUCCGGGUGAAAAAAGGCAAUAUCUCCAAAUAAGGUGAGGAUGGAUGCUGAGCGCUUUCGGAGCGCGUCGCCCUGAGCGGCUCUUCCGCGGGUGUGCGGGGACCUCUGGCGGCAGCGCCUGUCUCUGCCCGAGCCCGUGCGGGGCACGGGGGGGGAUUUGGGCUCCGGUCCGGUGUCAGGGGACUGUUUGCAACCGGACUUGGGAACUUGUGUCACUCAAAGUAUCUCUGGUUAAUGGCAUCGCUGCAGAAGGAGGGAGAAAAGCAUUAUCUGAAAAUUAGGGGUUUUGUAGGAAAUGCCGUGUCUUUGGAAAAUUAAGGAAAAUCUAAAAAGCUAAAAGCAGCUGAAAGAUAGAAUGUGUGUGGCUGCUGCUGGUGCUCCAGCAGUGGGAUCAGAGCCCCGGAGCCAGAGGUGCCCUUAUCAGAGCUUAAAUUCCUCCCACGAGGAAGUGGCCGUGAGAGCCCUCCAGUGCCCGGAGACACGUUCACUAUUCCCGAACGGGGCCAAAGUGUUUCAUAACCCAGAGAACAAAGCAGCACGUGGGGCAGCGUCACAGCCAGGACAGGCAGUGCCAGACCCACAGCGUUUCAGGGGCCGGGGCACUGCAGGGUCAGAGCUUCCCCUUGGAAAGGGACAGCGUUUCUGAGGCUAAAACAUUGUCAAUAAAUGAGUUUCCUACUUGGUACCCCGGGCAGCCCAGCAGGUGUACAGUACAGCUCCAUCUGGGUGCAGGCAAUGCACCCAUCCCUCUGCAUCCCUUUAUGCUAAGCAGAAUGAGCUCUGUGCUUGGCUUUCCCACAGCUGAUUAGCCUGUGUGAUCCCUCUGGUCCUAAUGCACGAGGUUAUAUAUAACCUCCCCAGCACUGGGUCUGUGGAUUACUCCAAGCAGUGUCUCCCUCUCCACUCAACUGUGAUAAAAUUCCUUUGUCUUUCUGGCUUUUAAGCAAAUUUCUGCAGCAUGAGAUGCUUUCCUAUCAGCAAGGACUAUCUCACCCCUUUCCCUUGACACUGAUUUAUUCCCUCUGUAACAUUUCUCCCAUCAGCCCAUCACUUGUUGCAGUUUCAGUGCUCAUUGCCCCAGACAGCAGUGACGGUGAGCUCAGACUCCACGCUUUUGUACUUAAGCAAAAAGAAUAGAUGAUCUCCUCCCAGAUUAAUACCUCAAAGGAGAGGCAGCCCCUGACAUUACUCAGUGUGCAUGCUGUGAUUCAUCUGAAUACGAUCUGCGUGGCAUCCUCGCUCCUGGCAGAGACGUCAAAAAGCAACAAGAGAUCAUCAGAUCAUGAGCAGCAGGAAAAGCAGUGCCAUGGUGGGAUGGAGCUGAGGAAAGUGUGGGUAUGUGACCCUGAAUUUCUACACAGAGCAGAUCUGGAGUGUCUCAACAGUAGGGAGCUGCUCGUAGGAUGGGAUGUAGGACACAGGGAUGGAGGGCAGCAGUGUGGUGGGUGCAGCAUUCAUAUUUCUUUUUUGGUAGAGGAACUGGAGCUUUUCGGUCAAUAAACCCACAGUGAGACUCGGUGUUUGCAUAGGGUCUGUGCCCAUAGUGAGGGACGGGACAGUGGGGCAAGCACCAGGAAUACUUUGGGGUGAAGCGUUACUGCAUUGGGGGGUGGAGGUUGUUGAGUCCCCUGGUGCCACCGGGGUGCAGGAGGAACCUCGGCAGGAUGAGGAAGGUGUUCCUAUCUCCCAACCUCCCCCUCUCCAGAUGUUCCCAUCUCCAGAUAUCCCCAUCACCAGGCAUCUUCAGCUCCUAGCCUCCCCACCUCCCAGUUUCUCUGUCUCCAGGUGUCUCCAGCUCCCGGUGUUCCCCUUUCCAGAUGUCCCCCUCUCCAGAUAUCCCCAUCUCCAGGCGUACACAUCACCCGCUGUCCCUAUCCCGGCGUCCCCAUCUCCAGAUGUCCCCACCUCCCGGUGUCCCCAGUUUUGGUGCUGCGAUCCCCAGCCCUCCUCUCCACUUUCACUCUUGCAUUUCUCUCUCCUCACUUCCGGACCGGGCGAUACCCGGUAACGGGGCGAGGCGAUGCGAUGCCCGGGGCGGUGCCGGUGCCCGGGGCGGGGGCUAUGGGGCGAGGCGGAGCCGUCGGUCAGCGCAUUCGGUGCCCCCCAUGGGAGACAACGGAUGCCCAUGGCUCUGGGACCGGACUUGCUGCUGGUCGCCGGUUCUUUCGCCGCUUUCCGCUUGUUGAACCGCGGGGUGGAGCGGCUGAUGCCCCCGCCGCCCUCGGCUCGGCGGAACCGCUGGAAGUGGCGGAACAUCUGGACGUCGCUGGCACACAGCGUGCUGAGCGGCGGCGGGGCGCUGGCGGGGUUCUGCCUCUACCCUGGGCUGCACGAGGAUCUGGUGGGCACACACCCACCCGGGGCACACAGCCUGGUGGCCGUGUCUGUAGGUUAUUUCCUAGAAGACUUUGUGGACAUGCUAUGCAAUCAGAAACUCCACCAGUCCUGGGAGCUGCUCUUUCAUCACUCCGUGGUGAUUGUCUGCUUUGGCAUUGCAGUGCUGCUCCAUCAGUACGUGGGUUUUGCCCUCGUGGCCUUACUGGUGGAGAUUAACUCCAUCUUCCUCCACCUACGCCAAAUCCUGCUCAUGGCCGACCUGGUGCACACCACCUGCUACCGCCUCAACAGCAUCAUCAACCUGGGCACCUACGUGGUGUUCCGCAUUGCCACACUGGCCUGGAUGACACACUGGCUGUUCCUCAACCGGCAGCACGUGCCCCUGGCCACAUACACUGUGGGCACAGUUGGCAUGGCAAUCAUGACCCCCAUGAACAUCAUCCUCUUCUAUCGCCUGCUACGUAGUGAUUUCUUCAAGUCCAGCCGGGACACGCGCAGGGAGAAGGAGAAAUAGCAUUGAGCAGCUAUGAGCUCAUGGAGGAGGACAGCAAAGAGCUGUGGGGAAUAAGAAUGGCUGUUUCAGUGUUGCUUGGACUUAUGGCUGUGGAUCCUGGGCAGAGAAGGUGCUGGUGGAUCAGGCACUGGGGGCUCUGCUCUCCAGCACCUUUGGAUGAUGUGGUCGAACAACCAGGAGCUGCUCAGACAAGCCCUGAAGGCUCUAACAGUCCUGAAACAACACUGAGAAGGGAGCAGGGAGAAGAGCAUUGUUUCCCCAUUGCUUUUCUGGAUACACAAACACCACUGUGAGUUUCUAACCUCUUAGGCGCUGCACCCUGCGGGGUCCUAUUGCCUAAGGGACUCUGUGAUACCUCCACCACUUCCCUUGGGAAAGCACCAGGCAAGAGAAGCUCCAAGGCUUUGCCCUUGAGGCCAGGGCUGGCAAAAGCCAAAUCCUGCAUCCAUCCCCGAUGAGAUUGUGCCAGGUGAGCGAUGAAGGCUUGGACUUGUCCUUGUCAGAUGCUGCUGGCACUGGACUAGGGACAGUGGGAGCUACAGUGCCAUACUUGGGGACUGCUGCUAACUUCAGACAACUGGAGUUUUCUAGUAUUGUUUUGUUCCCAGAUCUAUUAAUUCCCCAUAAAUGAGUGUGGGAGUGCGUGAGUUGCAGACUAGGAUGGUGUGUGAUAGUUGCUUCCUGUAGAUGAGAUGUUUUCAGAUGGGCCAGAUAUGGGCAUCUAUGAGGAACGAGAAGUCCUGCUGCAGAGCCCGGUGUAAUGCUCUCAAGCAGCAGCAAGAGCUCUUACUAACACAGGCUUUCAAUAAACGGCAAAUGAAAGA